AUGAUGGGCCAGACCAUGAUGCGCAUCGUGCGCCCCUGCUUCAAGCCCUCGUUGCCCGACGGCACGCAGGUUGUCUCCGCCCGGGGUGGCACCAGGGAGGGCCUCCUCUGGUACAGGGCUGCUGGGAGGCACGCAUGCGGCGACUUCUCCAUGGUCGUCGUGCAGGCCAACCAGCUGCUCGAGGAUGCCAGCCCGCUCGAGGCCGGCCCCCUCAUCGCCACCGACGGGCCUUACAACACCUUCGUCGGCAUCUACAACGGACACGGCGGGCCCGAGACCGCCCGCUUCAUCGCCGACAACCUCUUCCACCACCUAAAGAAGUUUGCGAUGGAACGACAAACCAUCUCAUCCGAUGUGAUACACAGAUCCUACGCUGCCACAGAGGAAGGGUUUCUCAACCUUGUGAGGAAGCAGUGGCUCAUCAAACCGCAGAUUGCCUCGGUCGGUACAUGUUGUUUGGUUGGAAUCAUCAACUAAGGGGUCCUAUACAUAGCAAACCAUGAUUCUCGUGCUAUCCUCCGGAGACUCGAAAGGGGCAUCAAAGACAUUAAGGCCGUUCAGCUCUCGUCCGAGCAUAACGCGAGCGUCGAGGCCGUAAGGGAUUAA